AUGGCUCGCAUCCAGAUCCCCCUCGACGCCUUGACGUCCCGCCUCAACCUUCAGGACCGCUUUAACAGCAUGCGCUCCGGCGGUUUGAGCGGCCGCUUCGCCAACCUGCGUCCCAUCUCCGAGUUCUUCGACAUGAAGCGCCUGUCCAAGCCCGCCAACUUUGGCGAGGUCCAAUCGCGAUGGAACUACAACAUUUCCUACUUCUCCAGCAACUACAGCGUCGUCUUCCUGAUGCUCAGCAUCUACGCCCUGCUGACCAACUGGGUCUUGCUGUUCGACAUCAUCUUCGUCAUUGCAGGCAUGUUCCUCAUUGGCAAACUCGACGGUCGUGACCUCGAGAUCGGCUCUUUCAAGGCUACCACCUCCCAGCUUUGGACCGGUCUCCUCGUCAUCUCCGUGCCCCUCGGCCUGUACGCAUCGCCCUUCGCGACGCUGCUCUGGCUCGUGGGUGCUUCCGGCGUGGUCAUUCUUGGCCACGCCGCUUUUAUGGACAAGCCCAUCGAUGAGGCUUUUUCCGGGGAGGCGGGAUCCUGGGAGGAUGGGAGGAGAGUUGUCGAGGAGCUGGAGACGGAGGUGGACGAUUCGGAUACACAAGGCGUUGGUUUGGUUUCGCGCGGGCAGCGGUUCGCCAGCGAUCCGCUUCGCUUUACGGGUACGGACUUGGGUGACAAGGCCGCUGCGUUGCGGAGAGGACACGGAUAUCAGCAUUCAGACGACGACGAGGACGAGGACGAGGAGGACGACAGUGAGGAUUCCGAAGAGGAUUCCGACGAGGACGAAGACGAAGACGAAGACGACAUCGAUUGGGAGCAACUGUCGCCGAGGGAACGGGACGAGGCGCUGGCACAAAGAGCCCUCGCCCGCGUCCGGCGCGCACAAGAACGGGGCAAGUUGGAGGUAAAUCUCAGUAAGGAAGAAAUGGCAGCCCUCGAACGGCGGAGGAAGCGCAUGGAAAAGGAGGCACGCAAGCAAGAACGCAAGCAGCGCCGAGAAAGGGAGCAGCGGUUCGCCAUUCCGCUGUCCCAGUUUGAGCCGACGUCUCGCAGAAGAUCGCCGACCAUAACUGCCGAGGAUGACCUGCCGCGCCAUCCAUCUCCGGGCACGUUCGCCGAGGUACAGACGCGAGAUCCGAUGCCGCCCAUGGGCUACUUCCCACCACCCAACGCCUCUCGUACCCGGCCCCGCUCAGCAACGUCAGCCUCUCAGCGACCCACGUCUCGCAUCAUGGGCGAGAGAGGUUCGUCGCCGUUCAACUACACUUACGUACAGGGUGCGGCGGCUCAGCGGCAGCCUUCAGAUUCCGCCCACUCUCGACGGGGGCCCCCGCCGUCCGAAGAAGGAUGGGGUCCUGCUCCAAACAUGUCGCCUGCGUCGUCCACGUCGUCCUUGUCAAAGUCGCGAUCAAACGUCGACCCCUUUCAGUUUCAGACCGAGGGCCCCCGUGUCGCUGCCUCGCGCCGCAACGUCUCAGGCUCCACCGAUGGACGGCGAGCCUCCGUUGCACCUCCGGCGGGGCGAGGCACCCGGGCUCCGCGCGGUCCGCCACCCGAAGAGGACAGCAGCGAAGACAGUAGCGAGGAGAGCAGCGAGGAGAGCACCAGCGACGACACUAGCAACGGCGCCCAGAUUGUCCAACCACCGCAGCCGCCGACGACGAGACGUGGCCGUAAGGAGGCCAUUGUCGUCGAGGAGGCUGCUACCCGCGAGCCGGCGCGUGAGGUAUCGCGGGGUAAGAAGUCUGCCAACCCGUCGCCGUCCAAGAGGAAGCCUACCAGUAGUCGUCGGAAGAAGAAAUGA